GCGUGGGCGGGGCCGGCCGGUAAACACCGGGCAGCCGGCUCGGAGCUCCGGGGCGGAGAGCUGGCGCGGAGUGAGCGGACAGUCGGACGGGGGUGGGGGCGGACACACUCACUUGCCAACCCGGCGACGAGGCUGGGCCUGUGGUACCCGCAAGCCCAGGAGGAUCAUGGAGCUCGAGAAUAUCGUGGCCAACACCGUUCUGCUGAAAGCGAGGGAAGGAGGCGGAGGAAACAGAAAAGGAAAAAGCAAGAAGUGGAAGCAGAUGCUCCAGUUCCCCCACAUCAGUCUGUGCGAGGAGCUGCGGCAAACCUUGGAGAAAGACUACCACAGCCUUUGUGAGAAGCAACCAAUCGGACGUCUGCUUUUCCGGCAGUUCUGUGACACGAGGCCGGAGCUUGGGCGGUGUGUCAGAUUCCUGGACGCUGUGGCAGAGUAUGAAGUCACACCAGACGAGAAGAGAGAGGAGUGUGGACAACAGUUAAUAGAAAAGUACUUAAACCCAAAGUCGGAGGAGUGCGUCCCGGAGCUGCCCGAGGAGCUGGUGGCCAGCUGCACGGAGAGACUGCAGCAGGAGCCCUGCAAGGAGCUCUUCAAGAGCUGCACCAAGCUGAUCCAUGACUAUCUCAGCGUGGCUCCCUUUGCAGACUACAUCGACAGCAUGUAUUUCAACAGAUUCCUGCAAUGGAAGUGGCUGGAGAGGCAGCCGGUGACGAAGAACACGUUCCGCCAGUACAGGGUGCUGGGAAAGGGAGGCUUCGGAGAAGUGUGUGCGUGCCAGGUACGAGCCACGGGGAAGAUGUACGCCUGCAAAAAGCUGGAGAAGAAGAGAAUUAAAAAGAGGAAAGGGGAGUCCAUGGCACUGAACGAGAAACAGAUCCUGGAAAAAGUGAACAGUAGGUUUGUAGUGAGUUUGGCAUAUGCAUAUGAGACUAAAGAUGCCUUGUGCCUUGUGCUGACUCUGAUGAAUGGGGGCGAUCUGAAAUUCCAUAUCUACCACAUGGGGGAUGCUGGCUUUGAUGAGAACAGAGCCGUCUUCUACGCUGCUGAGAUCUGCUGUGGUCUGGAGGAUCUUCACAGGGAGAGAAUAGUGUACCGGGACCUCAAGCCAGAAAAUAUUCUGCUGGAUGACCACGGACACAUCCGUAUCUCGGACUUGGGGCUGGCAGUACAUGUGCCCGAAGAUCAGACAAUCAAAGGCAGGGUUGGCACAGUGGGCUACAUGGCCCCUGAGGUGGUGAAGAACGAGAGGUACACCUUCAGCCCGGACUGGUGGGCCCUGGGCUGCUUGCUGUACGAGAUGAUCGAGGGCCAGUCCCCCUUCCAGCAGCGCAAGAAGAAGAUCAAGAGGGAGGAGGUGGAGCGGCUGGUGAAGGAGGUGGAGGAGGAGUACUCCAGCAAGUUCUCCGAGGAGGCCAAGUCUCUGUGCAGGGUGCUGCUGGUCAAGGACCCCAGCGAGAGGCUUGGCUGCCGGGGUGGCGGGGCCUCAGAGGUCAAGGCGCACCCUCUCUUCCGGUCCAUCAACUUCAAGCGGCUGGAGGCAGGCAUGCUGGAGGCCCCCUUCAUUCCUGACCCCCAGGCCAUUUACUGCAAGGACGUGCUGGACAUCGAGCAGUUCUCCACGGUGAAGGGAGUGGAGCUGGAGCCCAAAGACAGCAGCUUCUACAGCAAAGUCUCCACGGGCAGCGUGUCCAUCCCCUGGCAGAACGAGAUGAUCGAGACGGAGUGCUUCACAGAGCUGAAUGUGUUCUACACAGACGGACCGGUGCCGCCAGACCUGGACUGGAGAGGCCAGCCGUCGCCGCAGCCCAAGCAAGGCCUGCUGCAGAGGCUCUUCGGGAGGCAGGACUGUUGUGGGAACUGCAGUGACAGUGAGGAGGAGCCUACGAGGCUGUGAGUGAGUCUGUCCAGCACAGCCCACUGGAGGACUGUCCACACACCACACGGGAUUCAAUUUGUUUACAAUUUUUGCACAUUUGUAUUUUUAAGAUAAUUCUAUAUAAAUAUGGGAAUGUAUAUUUUCAUUAUGUAGCCAUACGGUAAAUGUUAUUUAAAAAAGUCAUGUUAUCGUAUGUCAGGUGAGGUAUAGCUACACCAGAAAGGCCAACCCUGCUAAGUCUCUAAACUCAACCUUCUUACUUGCUAUUCUUCUUACUUGCACAUAUUAGCAGAGCUUCUGAUUCCUGGUGCUUCCUCCCAGAGUUCUGCUUGCUUUUAAGAAUUCGGACACUGUGAUGCCUGUUUGACAUAUUUGUGUUUCUUAUGUUGAGGGUGAAAUCAGUUGGUCUUAAGGCCACUGGCUGCGUCUCGGCUCCUAUCCUCUUGCCAAAAGAUUAAUUUUAUUUCUCCGUGGUUGUGUACCCAGUCAUCCAGUCCUCAUCACAGUCGAUUCAGUCACACAAGCACAGCAGUCGUAAUGAAGCGUGUCCAACAUUAUUUUUUCCCUUAAUUUUAAAGCUUUUCAAACUGUAGUUGUCCAUGGACUUAAAAAGGUGCUGCCUGUAUGCUUGGAGAUGGAUGGACAGAGGAGGUGAAACGCCAUUACUCAGAAGCUCUGUAUGUGCAGUAACUUGUUUGCAGUGUAGUAGCUAAAGUGCAAUUGUUGCUAGGAUACUUGAGACGUUUCCUGAAAACAAAAUACUAAAAAAAAAAAAUCUUAAAUCUAUUAUUUUUCUAUCCAACUUUUAAGCGUUUUAACUUGUGCGUUUCUUUGUGCGGUAUCGCAGUCUCAUAGAGAGUACUUUCCUUAAGAGCAUUUGAAGAAAUACAAACUGUUCUUUAAUGUGGUAUGUGGCAUUUAUGAGAUGAUAGUGAUUAGAUAUGCUCUUUAAACUGUCAGUUUUAAUCUGAAUUUGCAGAAUGAACAGUGUUCAACAUUAAUUCCACUGUAUCUGACCUCCAGGUACAUACGAAAUACUUAGCAGGGUUGGGCAGGAAAUUCUGUUGGACAGGAUAUUCAGUCAAGUAACCCAUAAAGUGAAAGAAAAGUCUUGUAAAGACCGUUUUUAUUUUGGAGGUAUGUUGAUUUUGUUUUUACGGUCAGUGCGGUGACGAUGUAUCUCCCACUGCAUUGCAGAAACAUGCUGUACUCUUUCUCUGUA